UUUUAAUCUAACUCGUACGUGAAAAUUAAAUAAAUACUUAGAUUCAAAGAGUAAAUAAUAGUGAAAACGAUCAAAAUAUAAUUAACACUGUGGGCCAGUUUAGUUAAUCAAAAUAAUUGACGUCGAUUUCUCGUGAUAGAACAGUACUCAUCAAAAAUAAAUGCAGAGGUACUUUUAACGAAUCUGUAUCUACAAUAUUAGAGAGGAAAGUACGUGGUUGGCUCAGCGGAGUUAUAGACGACAUGCGGCGCAGUAGUCCUGUGCAGCAGUGGCUAGACUCGCUCCCUGCUGAAACCGUUCUUGACAACAGCAAGUUGGAUGAAGAAACCAAAACUCUUGACAUAAAGUCUGAUGAGAGCAAACCCGAAGAAUCUGUUACUGAAAACACAGUUUUGGAAUUCAAUGGUGAAGAUAGCACCCUUGUGGAUAAACAAGAAAAACCACAAGACGACAAUAAUUUAGAAGUUCCAAGCUCAAAAGACAUAAACAAGAGAAAAUCUUUAGAGAGUGGCUUAUUGAGUGGCAGAUGUGGGACGGUUAAGAAGUUGCAGAGAGAUUACUCUGUGCAAUCGGAAGGUUGUUCACCUAGAUUAAAAAAUCCUUUGUUUAGAGAUCAUUCCCUUCAGUCUGAUGCAAGCGGAUCGAGUGGCAGCUCAGUUUUGAAUGUUUUGGGCGCAAGGAAAGUGGAUGCUGAGUCAGUAUUGAUAGCACUAGGCUUUGGUCCAAGUGAGAAGCAGCAAAAAUUGCAAAGAAUUCCAGAUAGAUUUCUAGUACCAUCUAAGUUAAAAGGCAUCAGUACAGAAGAAUUCAUAAAAAAUGAACAACAUUCAAUGCGGAUGCAUGACUGUGGUGUUUUUGGUUACAGAGGAUUGACAGAGCACUGCACUCCAGUUUGCCGUUUUAUGAAACCUGUAUCAGCUUGUCACAGGUCAUACCAGGUUCCAGAGAUUGCGGUGCAGGAAUCCUCAUGUUCCACCGUCGACAAUUGUAGCUAAGAUAAUGGAGCGGAUACUCCAAGACGACGUGUGCCGCGAGGAGGCGCUCACGAAGGCGCGCCACUCAAUCGGGGAUAUGCGCCUGCCGCCCGCUGCCUACGGCUUCCUAGCGUCCCGGUUCCGAAACAAUUGAACACCAGUAAGUUUAUAUUUGAGUGAUCGCUUAAUGCUGCAAUAACGCUGGUCUACUUCUUAGGGCCCUCGCCCACGGCGACUUUUUCGACAGCAUCGCUACUAACGCGCGUUAGUCGCAUUUGCAACGCACUACAGAAGUGAUGCCAACGUGCUAUAGCAGCGCGACUGCAUCGCUACAAAAAGUCGCCGUGGGUGAGGGUCCUUAGACAGCGAUGGAUGGCGGAGUCUUGUUUAGCGCGGAGCGUGUAUUAAACAAUAAAUUAAAAAUUUUGUUAGGAACACAUUUUUUGGCAUGAUAGAAUUAUGGUGACUUUUCCGAGCGCCGUUGUGAUUUAGUAAAAAUUACUCUGUUCAUUUUAAUUUUACCACAAUUUUAAAGGCCACUGAUUGUUGUUUGAAAGAGAUCACGAAGCUACGUGGCGAGUUGCUUCUUGAUAGUUAUGCAUUUCAUUUAAAAUCAAGUUGUCCUGAAAAGAAAAUAAAGAAUACACACAGUGUUAGAAGUAUACACUGUCAUACUUAUCAAAACUGAAAUUAUUAGUAACAUUUUCCAAUAUCGAACUCCAACUAUGAAAAUUAGAUUAACUCGCCAACAACUUAAGCGGACUUUUGUACUUUCUGAUUUUAUGGUUUAUCUAGCUAGGGUACUUGAUGUGAAGCACAUGUUCGGCAAACGCGUUAGCGGUAGCGCUCAUGAAAUAAACGAAAUGAGGUAAUAAUAGUCCAUCGGUAUCGGACUUCCGAUUCGCGAUUUCGUCAUCUCCGUCGACCGCAGGAUUAUUUUUGUAUAAGUUCUUGCAACUCACGAAGGCGAGUGAGUUUUACUUCUGUGUGUACGUGUACAUGCACAACUAUAGUGGAAUCAAAACUUUUGAAAAACGAACAGUAGCGAGCCACUACACAUGUAAAGCUCACUCGCCUUCGUGAUUUGCAACAACUAUAAAUAAACCCAUUCCCGACCCAAGAAAAUAUUUAUCUCAUUUGGAGCGGUUAACAGGAAUGUGACUUGUUACGAAAGUAAUAUAUCAGACACCUGUGACAAAUAAUAUUCCACUGCCGAUUUAUAUUAUCCGGGAUAAGGCAAAUAGGUUAUCGGGGUAGGUUUAUAAACUAUACAGCAGUGAUUUAUUAAUAUGCUUAAAUGAAUUAUUUAUUACAUAGUUUUAUAUCCCAUUUAUAAAUAAUAUAGACCAUGUUUAUACUUGUAGAGUACGAAAUUAUUUACAAUAGUAAUAUAGGUACACAUGUAAUAUCAUAAUACCGUAUAAAAGCUAAAUGAAAUAAAAAUAAAAGACAACUAUUACGAGUAGAGAUUUAAAGUCAAAUCUAUAUGUACCAGUUUCUUAUUCUUAAGUCUAUCUGUAGUGAGAAUUAUAAUAUUUAUAUAUUUUUAUCUUUAUGUGAUUAUAUCACACUAAGUGAUGGUGAUGGACGAUGAUGAUGAAUAAUAGAUUAUUAUUAAGCAAGGCGCGAACACACCGCGUGUAUAUUCAUAGAAAUAUAAAAAUAAUAAUGAUAAAUUUGUCAGUAUGAGUAUGGAUUAAAUGGUAUGGUAUGAGUAAUCGCUUAAGAAAAACAAAAUGAAACUAUUGUCGUGAAUAUUCUAAACUUGUAUUUUUACUACUACGAUGUUUCUAAAACAUUACUACAAAUUAAUAUCAACUUUGGAUCUGAUACUGAAUCUUACAGGCUUAGUCUGUUUAGGUUUUAACUAUUUAUUGAAUUUAAUCCUUGAGAGCUUACAGUAGAUUCACUAGACAUUUUUCUAUAAAACCUGACUGAUGAGAAAAUGUAAUAUGUAUCAGCGUACUUAUCAUGGAAUGUAUCUAGGUCAAAUACUUAUAUUUUUACAUUUGAAUAAAUUAAAUUCUUAAUAUUGGUGUCAAACUUGCCUCUAAGUUACAUUAAACUCUUAGAUUUUUAAGUGCUUAUAUCUAAUGAAAACGGACGUAGUACAAAAUUAAAUGUCUACUUACAUUUUAAAUAUAGGUCUUGAAAUACUUAAAAACAUUCUUCCUUGAGUAGUAUGUAAGUAGUAUUAAAUCUCUGAUAAAACUAUUUAGGCGACGAGUUAUAGAAAAAAAUUAAGAAAUAAUUUAAUUAGUAGCAUUAGUUUUUCAGUAAACUAAUAAAAGAUGUAGGUAUUUUGUGUUCGGUUUCUGAAUCUUUCUGCUAAUGGGUUUUAAUCGCUUUGCACCAGUUGUUACUCUUAUUUAUUAAAAAAUGAUCAUAAUAAAGAGCACAAUUUAUUGUAAUGAUCAAUUUAUACUGUUAUGUGAUGUCUUUGUUAUAUUAUAUGCCACUUACAAUUUUAUUAGAAUAGAUGUAGAACUAUAAGAUUUAAUGUUUAACGCGUGAAUGUAGAGAAGGGAUGGCUACAGAAAAUAUCAUUUGACACGUGCCUUAUUGAACUAGGUACAUAAAACUAGAAUAAAUUGCAUGUUUUGUUUUGGUUUAAAGUGAUUAUUCGCUAUGAAAUGUGUCCCUAAUUAUAAUAAUAAUGUAUAACAGCUUGGCUACGUUUUUAC